AUGGUUGAAGUACGUGAAGAAAAUAAUAAUGGGUCUGGCAACUUUACCAGAACCGCAGCUCAUACCCACAUCAAAGGGUUGGGUUUAGAUGAAUAUGGGGUAGCAAAAAAAGUAGAGGGUGGAUUUGUAGGCCAAAUUGAAGCAAGAGAAGCCUGUGGUAUCAUAGUCGAUUUAAUUAAAGCCAAAAAAAUGAGUGGUAAAGCCAUAUUAUUGGCAGGCGGUCCAUCUACUGGUAAAACCGCAUUAGCUCUAGCUAUUUCCCAAGAAUUAGGUCCCAAAGUACCAUUUUGUCCUGUUGUUGGUUCUGAACUAUAUAGUGUGGAAAUUAAAAAAACUGAAAGUUUAAUGGAAAAUUUUAGACGUGCAAUUGGCCUAAGAAUUAAGGAAACUAAAGAAGUCUAUGAGGGCGAAGUCACUGAAUUAACUCCCGAGGAGGCAGAAAAUCCAUUGGGUGGAUAUGGCAAAACUAUUUCACAUGUUAUUGUGGGUUUGAAAUCCGCUAAAGGUACAAAGACUUUAAGAUUGGACCCUACUAUCUAUGAUAGUAUUCAAAAGGAAAAAGUCGCCGUUGGUGAUGUUAUUUACAUUGAAGCAAACACAGGUGCCGUUAAAAGAGUUGGUAGAUCUGACGCUUAUGCCACCGAAUUUGAUCUAGAAGCAGAAGAAUAUGUUCCAUUGCCAAAGGGAGAAGUUCACAAAAAAAAGGAAAUUGUACAAGAUGUCACAUUACAUGAUUUAGAUGUUGCCAAUGCUAGGCCUCAAGGUGGUCAAGAUGUUAUAUCUAUGAUGGGGCAACUAAUGAAGCCAAAAAAAACAGAAAUUACCGAAAAGUUAAGACAAGAAGUUAAUAAGGUUGUUUCCAAAUAUAUAGAUCAAGGUGUUGCUGAGUUAGUGCCAGGUGUCUUGUUUAUCGAUGAAGUUAACAUGUUAGAUAUUGAAAUUUUCACGUACCUCAAUAGUGCCUUAGAAUCAGAAAUCGCUCCCGUUGUCGUUUUGGCUUCUAACAGGGGAAUGACUACUGUUCGUGGCACAGAUGGGAUUGUUUCUCCACACGGCAUUCCGGAAGAUUUAAUCGAUAGGUUACUAAUUGUUCGUACUCUACCUUAUAAUAAAGAAGAAAUACGUACUAUCAUUGAGAAACGAUCCAAUGUAGAAAACUUGAAAAUUCAAGACGAAGCUUUAAAUAAACUAGCUGAGUUGGGUGUUCAAACUUCCCUACGUUAUUCCGUCCAAUUACUAUCACCAUCUAGUAUUUUGGCACAGUCUAGUGGCCGUGAAGAAAUCACACCCGAAGAUGUGGAAGAUGCCACAUCAUUGUUCUUAGAUGCCAAAAGAUCUACAAAGAUUUUAGAAGGCUCCUCUAGAUAUUUAUAUUGA